AAAAAAAAUUGAUUGCUUUACUGUAUAUAAAAAAAAUUUCACAUCGUCUCUCUCUCUCUCUCUCUCUCUCUCGUUAAACAAAAACAGUUCCACUGUUCUUUAAUCCGGAAAAAAAAAAAAAAGUUUCGAUUUUUCUCUGUUUUUUUGUUCUGGCGACUGUUUGGUUCUGAGAGGUUUAGUAGUAAUAGAAACAAUGGAGGUUGAUUCAAGUAAGGAUCCGGAAGUCUAACGGGUCAAAACCUGGGAUGGAGUCGUCGGCGCGACUUGUGGGUGACUACGAACUUGGCCCGAGAAUUGGGUCUGGUUCGUUCGCUGUGGUGUGGUUAGCGAAGCAUCGAUCGUCUGGUUUAGAAGUCGCCGUCAAAGAGAUUGAUAAGAAACUUCUUAGCCCUAAAGUUAGAGAUAACCUUCUUAAAGAGAUUUCGAUCCUUAGCACCAUCGAUCAUCCUAAUAUCAUCCGUUUCUACGAAGCUAUCGAGACUGGAGAUAGGAUUUUUCUUGUGUUGGAGUACUGUAGUGGAGGUGAUCUUGCUGGUUACAUCAAUCGCCAUGGGAAAGUACCUGAAGCUGUUGCUAAACAUUUUAUGAGGCAAUUGGCUUUAGGGUUACAAGUACUUCAAGAGAAGCAUUUUAUUCACCGUGAUUUAAAGCCUCAGAAUUUACUUUUAUCUUCCAAGGAAGUAACUCCACUGCUAAAGAUAGGAGAUUUUGGUUUUGCAAGGUCUUUAACACCAGAGAGCAUGGCUGAGACAUUUUGUGGUUCUCCAUUGUAUAUGGCUCCAGAAAUUAUCCGGAACCAAAAGUAUGAUGCUAAGGCUGAUCUAUGGAGUGCCGGUGCAAUUUUGUUUCAACUUGUUACUGGGAAACCGCCUUUUGAUGGAAAUAAUCACAUCCAGCUUUUUCAUAAUAUUGUGAGAGACACCGAGUUGAAAUUUCCUAAAGAUGCUUUAAAUGAGAUUCAUCCAGAUUGUGUUGAUCUGUGCAGAAGCCUUCUCCGCCGAAACCCAAUUGAACGCUUGACAUUCCGAGAGUUCUUUACUCACAUGUUCCUUCGAGAGCUAAGACAAGUGCCGGAUGUUGAGCGUUCUGAUACUACUACCUCUACGGGGAAAUCAUCUUUGCCCUCCGCACAACCGAUUAGUACAAACCGUUUCAAAUCAAGUGCAGAGAAUGUAUACAGACAUGGGAUUUCCUCUAGUGCCUCAAAUUCUCAAAUUUCAAUGCCACAUCUCUCUUUUGAGAAGACUAGAAAAGACACUGAAGGACAAAGCUCAUCAAACCAAUUUGGAGUUGUAGACUCACUUGAGCUCAUAGAGAGAGAGUAUGUUCUUGUAAACCGUCCUUCUGCCUCUCUGGAAGGUUCAUCAGAUUGUUUUGACACAUCUUUGCAAGAUUCCGGGUUACCUAAUUUUUUACCCAGGAAUGAAAAAGUUUCAUCGAGUUCACUUGAAGCACAGAUACCAUUAUCGGAUGUGUCUGUUCCACGACCAGCAAGCGGAUCAUAUCUGUUAACAGAAGUUCAACGCUUAACAAUUGUCCAUCCUCCAACUAAGCUCCAAGUUUUGCAUCAGUAUGCACAAGUACUUACAGAAUUAGCUCGCGAGAUGGGCAACACAGGACAGGUAAAGGAAUCUUUUGCUGUUACUCUCGUCAUUUUAGCUGUCUGGAGAAAAGCCUUAGAGAUAUGCGAUUCUUGGAUGUUAUCCGUUGGAGGAGAGAAUAGAGUGAACCCUGAUCCAACCACAGCUCCUGAGACUUCAAUUCCAGAUUUAAAUUCACCUGCACCAGCUAAAACUUGGGUGACACAAGAGUUCGUUACAGCGUUUAACCAAGCCGAGAAUACAUCAACUCAACUAAACGAAACAAGUGCUGCCACUCAUAUGCCUGACGCCAUGGAAACAAUAUACGAGAGGGCGCUAGCAUACGGCAAGAGUGGUGGGGCUGAAGAGUAUUUGAGUAACAAAGAAAGUGCAGCAACAUUAUACAAGAAAGCAAUUCUUCUACUCUCCUUUAUAAUCGAGGAAGCAGUGACCCUAUCUCUAAACCCUCCUUUCUCAUUAACCCCUGACGACAAGAAGAGGAUUCUCUACUACAUCUCUAACUUGCAGCAUCGUCGGUCGCAUCUUUAGCGAAAAUCGGCGGCGGGCAUUUGUACAUAACAAAACUUUGGUGGCUCUGGCUUGAGUCAACAAAUCUUAUAACAAUUUGGGUUCCUUUGUUUUCCCUUGAAAAUUUCAAAACGGUUACUACUCUAUAUUUGAUGAUGCUGUGACCAAAAAGUAUUUGCCUCCUCCAUUGUAUAGUGCCAAAUAUCAAUAAUA